CAUAAUGUCACUUUUGUCACAGUUCACAAAAAACGUAUUUCAACAAUUCACUAAACAACAGCAACUUACAUGGCAACAACAAAUGAAUAAUCCUUCCAUUCUUACCAUAGUUCGUACUAUGAAAGUUCGAUCUGCAGUCAAGAAAAUGUGCGAUGGCUGUACAACUGUGAGAAGACGUGGAAAGCUCUUUGUGACAUGCUCAAAAAACAAGAAGCAUAAGCAACGUCAGGGAUAAAUUUGUUAUCUCGAUAAACAUUCACCUUUACAACUUCAAUUUUUUCUUUCUUUUUUUUUCCUAAUACAGUAUAUACAUAUAUAUUUGCGUGCAAUGAUGACGUUUUUUUUUUUCUUUUGUAUGAAUGACAAUAAUAAACGCAUUUUUCUUUUCUAUUUUUGUUUUAUAUAAUAGAAGAAAUUGAAGAGGAAACAAAAACAAAAAAAAAAGAAACAAA